UGAGCUGAGCUGACUUCCGUCGGGAUAGAGAAUUUUCUUCGAGUUGGUGGGAGAUGGGCUUUUGGCGAGGAGGCUGGCAUUAGUGAAGCGCGCGCGGCGCCAAGAUUUUCUGCCCGUCGAGCUACAUUCCCAGGCCUUAAUACAACCUCUCAGAGUGUUUUCCAAUCCCUUCUCUGAUACAGUCAAACUUGCUUGUAGUGAAGUCCAGAAAAGAACUACUUUUAAUGAAGUACACCAUCCAUUGUGAAAGUGGAGAAGUAAAGUUUAUUCAUCAUGCCUGCUGUGGCUUCAGUUCCUAAAGAACUCUACCUCAGUUCUUCACUAAAAGACCUCAAUAAGAAGACAGAAGUUAAACCAGAGAAAAUAAGCACUAGGAAUUAUGUACAGAGUGCCCUGAAGAUCUUCAAGACCGCAGAAGAAAGCAGAUUAGAUCGUGAUGAAGAAAGGGCCUAUGUGCUAUAUAUGAAAUAUGUGACUGUUUAUAAUCUUAUCAAAAAAAGGCCUGAUUUCAAGCAACAGCAGGACUACUUUCAUUCAAUACUUGGACCUGCAAACAUCAAAAAAGCUAUUGAAGAAGCUGAGAGACUCUCUGAAAGCCUUAAACUCAGAUAUGAAGAAGCUGAAGUUCGGAAAAAACUUGAAGAAAAGGACAGACAGGAGAAAGAGCAGCUGCAGAAACAGAAAAGGCAGGAAACAGGAAGAGAGGAUGGUGGCACAUCAGCUAAAAGUUCUUUGGAAAAUGUAUUGGAUGCCAAAGACAAAACCCACAAGAUAAAUGGUGAAAAGAGUGAAAAAAAUGAGACUACAGAGAAAGGAGCAAUCACAGCAAAGGAGCUUUACACAAUGAGGAUGGAUAAAAACAUCAGCUUGAUUAUAAUGGAUGCUCGAAGAAUGCAGGAUUAUCUGGAUUCCCAUAUUUCAAAUUCUCUCAGUGUUCCUGAAGAAGCCAUCAGUCCAGGAGUCACUGCUACUUGGAUUGAAGCAAACCUCCCAGAUGAUUCUAAAGACACAUGGAAGAAGAGAGGGAGUGUGGAUUAUGUGGUACUUCUUGACUGGUUUAGUACUGCAAAAGAUUUACAACUUGGAACAACUCUACGGAGUCUGAAAGAUGCACUUUUCAAGUGGGAAAGUAAAACUGUCCUGCACAAUGAGCCUUUGGUUUUAGAAGGAGGCUAUGAAAAUUGGCUCCUUUGUUAUCCACAGUAUACAACAAAUGCUAAAGUCACUCCACCCCCACGAGGCAAGAAUGAAGAGGUGUCUGUCUCAUUGGAUUUUACUUACCCCUCACUGGAAGAAUCAGUUCCUUCUAAACCUGCUGCCCAGAUGACACCUCCUACAGAAGUCAAUGAAAACAUAGAAUUGAUAAACAAUCAAGAUGAGAGAGUAGGACCACUGAAUAUGUCGACACCAGUUGAACCAAUUGCUGCUUCUAAAUCUGAUGUUUCACCCAUAAUUCAGUCAGUGCCUAUUAUAAAGAAUGUUCCACAGAUUGAUCGUACUAAAAAACCAGCAGUCAAAUUGCCUGAAGAUCAUAGAAUAAAAUCUGAAAGUACAGAUCAUGAGCAACAGUCUCCUCAGAAUGGAAAAGUUGUUCCUGAUCGGUCCACCAAACCAGUAUUUCCCCCUCCAACUGCCAUGUUAACAGAUGAAGAAAAAGCUCGUAUUCAUGUGGAAACUGCUCUUCUAAUGGAGAAAAACAAACAAGAAAAAGAACUUAGAGAAAGGCAGCAAGAGGAACAGAAAGAGAAACUGAGGAAAGAAGAAGAACAAAAAGACAGAAAGAAACAAGAAGCUGAAGAAGAUGAAAUCACAGAGAAGCAACAAAAAGCAAAAGAACAAAUGGAAAAGAAAGAAAGUGAACAGGCCAAGAAAGAAGAUAAAGAAGCCUCAGCAAAGAAGGGUAGAGAAAUAACAGGAGUAAAAAGACAAAGUAAAAGCGAACACGAAACUACUGAUGCCAAGAAAUCUGUGGAAGAUAGGGGGAAAACGUGUCCAACCCCAGAAGUGCAGAAAAAGUCAACGGGAGAUGUGCCCCAUGCCUCUGUGGCAGGAGAUUCGAGUUCAGGCAAGCCUGUUAAGAUUAAAGGACAACCAGAAAGUGGAAUUCUAAAGACUGGAACUUUUAGAGAGAAUACAGAAGACACUGAAAGAAAUAAAUCUCGAGAGCCUUUGACAAGAGCACGAAGUGAAGAAAUGGGGAGGAUCGUACCAGGACUGCCUUCAGGCUGGGCCAAGUUUCUUGACCCUAUCACUGGAACUUUUCGUUACUAUCAUUCGCCCACCAACACUGUUCAUAUGUAUCCACCGGAAAUGGCUCCUUCAUCUGCACCUCCUUCCACCCCUCCAACUCAUAAAGCCAAGCCACAGAUUGCUGCCGAGCGGGAUAGAGAACCGUCCAAACUGAAGCGCUCCUACUCCUCCCCAGAUAUAACCCAAGCCAUUCAAGAGGAAGAGAAGAGGAGGCCAGCAGUAACUCCAACAGUUAAUCGGGAAAACAAGCCAGCAAGCUACCCUAAAACUGAGAUCACAAGGCUUUCUGCUUCUCAAAUUCGGAACCUCAAUCCUGUUUUUGGAGGAUCUGGACCAGCUCUCACUGGACUUCGUAAUUUAGGAAAUACUUGUUACAUGAACUCAAUACUGCAGUGCCUAUGUAAUACUCCACAUCUGGCUGAUUAUUUCAACCGCAACUGUUAUCAGGAUGAUAUUAAUAGGUCAAAUUUGUUGGGGCAUAAAGGUGAAGUGGCAGAAGAAUUUGGCAUAAUCAUGAAAGCCCUAUGGACAGGACAGUACAGGUAUAUCAGUCCAAAAGACUUUAAAAUCACUAUUGGGAAGAUCAAUGACCAGUUUGCAGGAUACAGCCAGCAAGAUUCACAAGAACUGCUUCUGUUCCUAAUGGAUGGUCUCCAUGAAGAUCUUAAUAAAGCUGAUAAUCGGAAGAGACAUAAAGAAGAAAAUAAUGAUCAUCUUGAUGACUUUAAAGCUGCAGAACAUGCGUGGCAGAAGCACAAGCAGCUCAAUGAAUCUAUCAUUGUUGCCCUUUUUCAGGGUCAAUUCAAAUCCACAGUACAGUGCCUCACCUGCCACAAAAAGUCUAGGACAUUUGAGGCUUUCAUGUAUCUGUCUCUACCACUAGCAUCUACAAGUAAAUGUACAUUACAGGAUUGCCUUAGAUUAUUUUCCAAAGAAGAAAAACUCACAGAUAACAACAGGUUUUACUGCAGCCAUUGCAGAGCUCGACGGGAUUCACUAAAAAAGAUAGAAAUCUGGAAGUUGCCACCUGUACUUUUAGUGCAUCUGAAACGUUUUUCCUAUGAUGGCAGAUGGAAGCAAAAAUUACAGACAUCUGUGGACUUCCCAUUAGAAAAUCUUGACUUGUCACAGUAUGUUAUUGGUCCAAAGAACACUCUGAGGAAAUAUAACUUGUUUUCUGUUUCGAAUCACUAUGGUGGGCUGGAUGGAGGCCACUACACUGCCUAUUGUAAAAAUGCAGCAAGACAGCGGUGGUUUAAAUUUGAUGAUCAUGAAGUUUCUGAUAUUUCCGUUUCUUCUGUGAAAUCUUCAGCAGCUUAUAUCCUCUUUUAUACAUCAUUGGGACCACGAGUAACUGAUGUAGCCACAUAAGGAGAAGUAGGUUAUAAGCUAGUUAUCUUUUCACAGGCUGAGCAACACAACUCUUGAAAUGCUUAAAGAUUCUGGAUAGCUAUAGCUGGCCAUUUAAAGGAAUUCUAGGACAGUGAGAGUUGUGUUACUAUGCCAUAUACUUCAGGUCAGUGCUAUUAUCAAAAAACUGACCAAGAACAUUUAACAAGUAUCACAGUAAGCAUUCCUUACAGGUACCAUUUAUUUCAAAACAACUUUUUAGUUUGCUCCAAAGUUAAAAUAAUUAAGCAUAAUUAUUCUACUGGUCUAAAAACCAUUGUAUCCUUCAUUUUCCUUUUUACUGUUAUGGCCUUUUCACAUUUCUAAAUCCCAGCUUGAUCUAUGAAUACUCUAGAAUGAUGUAAAACAGAUAGGAAUGUAUGUGUAUAUAUUUAUUGCACACUUGCACAUCAAAUCGAUAUACAUAGUAUAAUAUGUGGUCCUUUUGUGAAGCCUAGAACUCAGAGGAUUGCUUUUUUUUUUUUUUCCUUCCUUCUUUCCUUUUGGCCUAUUCUGAGUAAUUGCAGUGCUUUCUUAGGGAAAUGACAGGGCAAAGCUAUUUUUCUGUUGGCUUUGGGCUGUAUUUGUGCACUAAAUCUUUAUUCUAAAAAAAUAAAUGGAAACUUUUCUUUAA